AUGCUCUCGGACACGGCUAGCGUUGCUGCGCACAGGCCUCGACCGCCUGGGCCGAGACGGUCAAGCGCCAACCCGUCUCGACGAAGGCCAGCCGAAGGGACCCCCGCUGGCGAUGUCGCUGAGAGACCAGGAGAGGAGCUGAUGCCGCCACCGGACAUCAUCAACGGCAGCCGACACAGCAGCUCGGCCUCGGCAGCGUCGCCGCCAUCAUCUUCGUCGUCGGCGGCGGCGUCAUGCGCCAUCAAGUAUGAGCAGGACCUCGGUCUCGAUCUUCCCCAGCACCUCACUGCCGCUCUGGAGAGGUCACGUCGCGCGCCAGAGGGCCAUGGAAGUGCCAACAGAAGUCGGACCUUGAGCCCCGGCGCAGAGAGGCUCGAGUCGCUCUUUGUCGACUCUGCUUCUUCUGCUCCCUUGUCAGCGCACGGCGUUGGAAAGGACAGGCGCCGCUCGACGCCCAAUACGGAAGACGAGCACGAGCGGGUGAAGGCAGCAUUGCCAUCGUACGAAGACCAGAGCAACCUGGAGCGGCCGCCAUCAUUGGACUACUCGGAAGACGGGUCAGAGAAAUCUCUCGAUCGCGAUUGGGUCGGCGGCUUGCCCCGAGAAGAGCUCGAGGCGCUGCUCGUCGAAGCCAACAAGGUCAUCAAGGCCCGCGAGCGCGACUUGGGCAUCGCCGCCGCCAUUGGCAAGGCCCUGUUGGAGAAGAACAUGAGCCUGCGCAGCAAGCACGAGGGUAUCCUCACGCGCCUCUCGACCUCGGCCAGCCUGAGCAACAUGCUGCCCGCCGGCGAGGGUCCUGCCAACUCGCCGCCCACGUCGGACAUUCACAUUGCCGAUGACCCGAGUCACGGUCAUUUUGACGACGAGACACCUCGCCCGACGCCUCGGCUCGACGGUGACUAUUUUGCUCACAGUGUAGCGCAGCCGUCCGAUCCCUUUGUCAGCCCAACAGCACCUCGGCAACAGCAAUCACGGCUUCAUCACUCGCCUUCCUCCAGCGUUAGCUCCUCGCGAACGCCCAUGAACAACCUCUUUCAACAGCAGUCUCAGUCUCCCUCGGCUGCCUCUGCGCUGCCCGGCUACUGGCACUCAGACGACGGACCGUCAAAAUGGCCCUCAAAUAGGAGCGAGUACUUUGUGCCGUCAGGCCCACCUUCGCCCUCGGUCUCUCGUGCUGGCGUGUCGAGGGAGCAGAGCUACGACAACCUGGCCCGGGUCCAGGCGCAAGCCAACGAAGAGGCACAGCGGCAGCUCGAGACGCUGAGCAAGCAGAACGAUGCCUUGCUCGACCAGCUCGCCCAGCUCCAAACGGAGGCCGAGGAUGCCAAGAAGCAAGGUGGGCGCAGGCUCAAGAAACUCACGCGAGAAAUCGAAGGCCUCAAGGGCGAGCUCGAGGCGGCCACCGAACGCAAUGUUGAGCUGGAGCUGGAGCAUGCCGGACAGGAAGACGGUCCCAGGAUCACACCGCCCAAGGAGAAAAAGGCAUGGACUCGCAAAGGCUCCAUGGCCAUCUGGCCCUCGUCUGACGACGGCACGCCGUCCUCCCGUGGUGGUCGCAGUACGACGGCAGACCGCGAUCAAGACGGACACUCGGUGCACUCGCUCGAGGAUAGCAAGGGAGCGGACGCGCGCUCGAUUCGAAGCCAAUCGUCAAUGACAAGUACCCUCGAGGCUGCUGCAUCCCUCGCCGCAAGACCCCACAGCGAGGGCGAAAGGGCUCUGGUUGCUCAGCUCCUGUCCAAGAUCCAAGAACUCGAAGAGACAAACGCAUCGCUGACCAUUGCCGGCACUGAGAUGGACGGUCGCAUCGGCAGGGCCAUCGAGGAGGGCGAGAGGAUCCGAGACGCCUACGAGGCCGUUGAGACUGCAAAUGGAGCCGAUCAAUCGUUCCGCCCUGCAUCGAUCAGCCGCAGCUUUAGCUCUGGACUCGGCGGCGGCAGCCCCUUGCAAAUGAGCCCCAUGUCGUCGACGGCCAGCGCUAGUCCAGCCACGGCCGCGAGGAGGGCAAAAAGGAGAGCACCGGGCAAUCGCUACAUCAUUGAGGGCCGUCGAACAAUCCGCGAUGCGCUCCGUCAGAAUAUCGACGAAGAAGAGUCGGACCCGCCGAGCAGCGGCCGCAGCUCGCCGACGCAGUCGCGAGGUCAGCGUCACCGCAUGUUGAGGCCACGGAUCCUCAUCACGCCCAGCACGGAAGACCUCGCGGCACGGCGCAAACACGACGAAGAGAACGGCUGGGUCGACCUGGAGGCGAGCCCCUCGCAGAGCGACACUCUGCGCUUCCCAGUCCGGCGGCUCAAUCGAAAGCAAGCAUCCGUCGUCCGGCGAGUCUCGUCGGACGCCAGCUUCGCUUUGAAUCGCCAGCUUUUCGACAACCGUGGCCCUGUGGCGUCGACUCCACCCAAGGGCAAUCUCCCCGCGCGUGAUUUCAGCAUGGAUAGCCAACUAGACAGCUACGGUCACCGUCGUGAGCCAGAUCUGGACUCGCUGUCCAACGUUUCGAGCAUCGUGCCUUGGCAGGGUCGACGAUCGUUGCAGAGUGAACUGGUCGGGAUCGCAGAUGCCGAUCGCGACUUGUUCGCUUGGAAUGAAGAGCAGCUGGCCGGCCAAGUGGACAGAUCUCGUAACGACGACCACGUUGAUGGAGGACCUUUGCACCUCUCAGAUCUUAACAACCCCGAUCACCGACGCUUGCGGCCGCAAAGGAGCGCCAGCAGCUUGCGAGCGGCCAGCGAGCCUGAGUCGGACAUUGCCGAUCUCAAGUGGUCUGUCAGCAGCGGUGAGACAGUUGUGAGCAGGAGCAGGUGGGCGUCACCAGUCAAGCAUCAGCAGCUGCAGCGCAUUGCCGCUGCCCCUUACACCGAAGGCAUCGGCCAAAGCGGCGAAGAAGAAGAGACCUCGGCUCUGGUACACCUGGCCGAUGGCGACUGGCUCGAUCCCGAAGAGAGCAUCGUCUAUCGGGGCGGCCUUCGCGACCAGAAGGAGACGACCGGCGAGUCGUACGACGAGUUGGAGAGCGCCACGCGAAAGGCACCCCUGCACUGGGCCGACGACGACGACUUUGGGCGACCGAUCACCGAGAGCGAGGCAAGGAGGUUGGGCCUGAUGCCGAGGCAAGACUCGACGUUGGGCAACCGUAAAAGAAGCAUGCUCCUUGGAUGGGUGGGCGCCACCAAGACCAAGCCAAAGUCUGACAAAGGCAAGGCCAGGGAACAGCCCCGCCAGAUUGAGUCAAGCGAGGCUGUGGCUGAGCGAUUACAAACCCAGGCGCUGCUGAGGGAGAAGCGCGUGGCUGCACUCCAGGCUCGACUCGUCGCAGGUCAAUUGACGCCGGCAAAGGCCUACGCCAUGGGGCUUACUGACGAGGACGGCCGCCUCCUCGCUCCGUUCCCCUCGGGCAAGUCGUCCUUCGACGACUCGGUCGAGAGUGAGGCAACAGCGCGGGCACUGGCCAUGUCGAGUGUACGCUAUCGACGACGGACGCUGAGCAGGCCGGUCUCGCCUCAGGCUGUCAGGUCCAAGGAAAAGACAAAGGAAGGGGAAGGUGGCGCCUCUUCCUCGGACGAGGCCUUUGAGAUGCUCGACCUGGAUCCUGCCAGAAGAAAGAAGGGCAAGAGGGGGACCGACUACUACCCAGUCUCGUACUCUGCCCGAUACCGGCCUGCGGUGGUCAAGCAGAGGGUGCAGCAGGCGAGCGUCGAGGCGGUGACAUGGGCCAGCGCCUGGGCGACAUUCAGCCUCGUUAUGGUCUUUGCUUUCCUGGUCGCCUUUUCGAGGGGACCCAAGAAGAUUCUCAACACGAAGCCUGCCACACAAUAA